AUGCAGCUUUCUGGAAUCAUUCUCACCACUCUUGUCUCUGUUGGCGCAGCAUCUAAGGCCACCACCCUUGCCGUGGCUGCCACCAUCCCCACAGAUGAGGUUACUGCCGCCAGUGAGGAGACUCUUGAUGAUACUUACUACCAGUAUAUCAAUAACCAGGUUAUCUACCAGCCCGAGGACAACCGAAAGACUGACAACCGACACCAGGACAACCGACGGGGUGGCCAGUACUCUGACAACCGAUCUGACAAUCGAGAUCAGGACAACCGGUACCAGAACAACCGAAACCCCUCUGACAACCGUCAGACUGACAAUAAGUUCCAGGACCACCAUCGGGAUAACAGAUUCCAGGACAACCGAGACAACCGUCAUCAGGACAAUCGCCACCAGGACAACGAUGACAACCGUUUCCAGGAUAACCACAAGGACAACAAGUUCCAGGAUAACCGAGACAACAGACAUCAGGAUAACCGAGAUGCUGAUAACCGAGACAACCGUUUCCGGUACAACCAUCAGGACAACCGACAGGACAACCGACAGAACAACCGACAGGACAACCGACAGGACAACCGACAGGACAACCGACAGGAUAGCUCCCGAAAGCUCCCGCAGUCCCAGUAUAACCAUAACACUGGCCCCUUCAUGGUGACUGUUUCCAAGCCUGGUGACAAGCUGCACAACCAGCAGCUCAAGGUUGUGUCCACCCAGAUCCAGGUCGGAAACAAGAAGUACGGCGAGCACUUCACCAUCAAUCUCAACAGUCCGUCAAAUAUGAUGGCGAAUGUGGGCGGUGACACGCGACCUUCCCACAUCAAGGUUGCCCCCAACGGUCAGCUACUUGUUGUUGCCGGUGCUCCUACUGGACAAGACACUUGGUCUUACUCUGGGAAUACCAACAAGCAAAUCGCCCUGUGGUACAAUUCGAACUCUGGCUUCUUUGCCUGCCCCAACGCCAACGACCCCAGCAGCGGUGGACGAGUUGUUUACGUUGAUAUGGGCCAGAAACCCGUUUGUGGUCGAACUGCCGAGUAUUUCAACCUUGUUGGUGGCUCAAUGAAGUACAUGGACUAA